AUGGAUCACAUCGGACCAGCCGAUGCGAAUUCCCGCGGAAGCGCUUCGGAGGACCAGGCUGGCCAAGCAUCCCCAGAAAGGCCAGCAUUGGCAACUGUGCAGCCAUCUGGGCGACCCCGGGCUCCUUCCGCAAGAUCGCGUCGACCGAGUAUUCGUAUUUCGCGUUUGCCAUCCCUCCCAUCCUUAGGUAUCGAUACUCAGCAGUCCCAACCGGACCCACUGUCGGGUCCCUCCCUUCAGCGACAAGUAUCCAUCCGAUCCCCAGUUGCUGAAGAAGAUGAAGCUCAGUCCGGGCGACGCCGCAGUAACUCGGAGCCACGGCCAGGGCGCUACUCGGGGCCUCCCUCGGAUGUUUUAUCCAAGGUGGCGACACCCAUGCGCAUGGCGGCUCUUAGUGAAGAAACCUCCCGGAGCCCAUUACCAACUCCACAGGCAGUAGCUGGUGUCCAGGAGCUUGGGCCUGCUGUGCCUGCCUUGGAGGUGGCCAGAGAGUCCCCCGAGCCGCGCCCGGUUCCUCGGAGUAUGCUGCGACGGACGAGCCAGGCGGCACUGAGGCCAUUCACUCGAAACCGGGCUUCUACUGUGACUGGAGCCGCGCAGAACCCCAUUGUGAAUCAAGAGCCGGGGAUCAACGAGUAUGGUCCUCAUGUUGUUGAUGUGCUGGAUGUAAUUGACCCGGAAGUCUCGGCGCUCUCAACUCUAACCAAUGUUCAAAAUUCGCUCUUCGUGCCCAACUUGGGUGGUUGGAUUAACCGUAUGCCUACCUACACUCUUACCCGACCACCGCCGUCGGAUGAGGAGCAGGCCACCAGCACCGAUGAAGGAGAGGGAUCGGAUGAUACGAGGCUCCAGGAACGCCCUACUCUGGAACAACUCCGACCUUUUUCGAGCAUGUCGUCCGUGCUGGCGGGGCCACGUUAUGCUGUUCUGCCAGAAGGCCACGAGCUGGCAGGAUGGACUAAGGAGGACUUUGCGGAGUUGAACGAUCAUGUUCGGCAUAUGCUACACUCCCGCCGAUCCAGGUUUAAGCGAACCAUGAAGGGAUUUGGACAAUACGUUCGCAAACCCCUUGGAUUCCUCGUGACCCUAUAUGCAACCUUGAUCACUCUGUUUGGUCUGGCUUGGGUGCUUUUCUUGAUUGGUUGGAUCAAUGUUGCUGGCAAGCAAUCCUACCUUAUUAACAUUAUUGACAACGUCUUAGUUGGUCUCUUCGCCAUCAUGGGUGAUGGACUUGCUCCUUUCCGUGCCGUUGAUACAUACCACAUGAUUUUCAUUGCGCAUUAUACUCACAAAACCUGGGAGAUCCGUGAGAAGCGAAAGCUGCCCGACCUCAAGGACAAGAAUGAUCUACCUGCUCGACCCGAGAAGGACGUCGACGUGGAAUUCGGUGACACGCCGCCAGACGAGGAACACGAGUUUACUGUUCUUGAAAGGCAACAGCAACUCAAGUUAAUGCACCACCAGAACAAGUUCGCCAAGUCACACACCUUUUAUAAGCCCCAUGAGACCAUGACCCACCACGCUUUUCCCAUGCGUAUGCUCGUCGCAAUCGUGGUCAUCCUCGAUUGCCACUCCCUUCUCCAGAUGGCUCUUGGUGCUUGUACUUGGAGUAUGGAACCCCCGAAACAUCGGCCAUUCGCUUUGACUACUGUCAUCCUUUGUUGCUCUAUCACCUGUAACAUCACAGGUGGUAUCAUGAUCAUGAUUGGUGAUCGGAUGACACGAAAGAAGGAUAUUGUGGAGCGUCUCUUCCGGCAACAAUUGACCGAAGAAGCUAUGAAGAAGAUGGAGAGGCGCAAGAUCAAGGAAGAGCGUCGCAGCAUGCAAAUCGAUCAAGAGCGUCGCAGCAUGCAGAUCGAUCAAGAGCGUCGCAGCAUGCAGAUCGAUCAAGAGCGACGUAGCAUGCAGGCUGACCAAGAGCGUUCCAAAAUGAACGCCGUCCCAGUAUGA